GCCGUCUGAUGACCGGAAGUGGCGCUCCAGUGAAGUGUCACCUUAACAACCAUGGAGCGUUUAGCUGUGGUGUGUCUCUUCCUCCUGACUGGGGCCGGAACAACCUCUGCUGAGAAAAAAGCGCUGCAGUGUUACUGUGAGCGCUGUGCCAACUCCAGCUGCACCACCGACGGCAGCUGCUACGCCGUCAUCCAGAAGAGGGGCAGCAGGCUGACCGUCGAGAACCCCCAGUGUGUGCAGGACUACGAACUGGUCCCCCGACAACGGCCCUUCAUCUGUGCCCCGUUGGAAAUCGUAGGCAUGUACCCGUUGUGCUGUACCACGGACUACUGCAAUAAAGAGCCCUACCUAGGAACCCUGGAGCCCACAGUCCUCACAGUGGCAGAAGGGAGUGAUGUUGCCCUGCCCUGUUCCCCCGGCACACAGGAGGACAUCGAGUCCAAGACGAUUGACUGGGAGAAGGAUGACGGUCAGCAGGAGGUGUUCUUUUAUGACGCAGGCGUUCAUCACAAUAACGGCCAAUCGGGUCAGAGUGAGCAGUUCAAAGGUCGAGUCUCACAUUUUCCGGACCAACUGAAGCAUGGAAAUGCCUCCAUCCUGAUCAGAAAUGUGAACGUGGCUGACAGUGGAGCCUACACCUGCUUUCUUACCCGUCUUCAAACACCUCAAAUAUUCCACAUUGAGCUUGUUGUUGCUGCUUCCCCCAAACCAUCCGUCGCUGCCCAUCACACAGAGGAUGGCGUCCUGCUGCAGUGUGAAGUCCAAGGUGCUUCUCCAAAACCGAGAGUGGAGUGGCAGGACGGAGCUGGACACGUCCUUCCUGCUGAGGAGCCUCAGGUCUCCGAAAGAGAAGGCCGCUACGACGUCACCCUCCGCGCUGCUGUGACCGAGACCGGCCGCUAUCGCUGCGUGGUCACGCAGGAGCAAAUCCACCAUCAGACUGAGGCUGACACCUUUGUGAAGAUCCAUGUUCCCACAACUCCCCCCUCCACCCUCACCACCAUCUAGAAUACAGCUUGCUACGACUCCCCCUCCACCCUCACCACCAUCUAGAAUACAGCCUGCUACGACUCCCCCCUCCCCCCUUACCACCAUCUAGAAUACAGCCUGCUACGACUCCCCCCUCCACCCUCACCACCAUCUAGAUACAGCCUGCUACAACUCCCCCUCCACCUCACCACCAUCUAGAAUACAGCCUGCUACAACUCCCCCCCUCCACCCUCACCACCAUCUAG